AUGUUCGCCCACGCCCUUACCAUUGCCUCUCUCAUCCUUGCCUCUGGCGCACUCGUCGUCCCCGACGAAUAUCAUGGCUCCGUCGGCGCUGCGGGCUCCGGCAACGGAUCUCUGCACUACUCGCCACGCUGGCAUGGCAGCCACGGCGGCGGUCACGGUUCCACCUGGGGCGGCCCGGGCCAAACCACCGGUGGCAGCCAGGACGGCAGCUGCAACACGGGCUCGAUCAGCUGCUGCAACAGCGUUGCGGAUACAUCGGCCGGCCUUGCCAGCCUCCUCGGCUUCGCUAUGCAGGGCACUCAGGUCGGUAUCAAGUGCUCCUCGGCGAGCAUCGAGGGGACAGCCAGUGGUUCUAGCUGCUCGUCGCAGCCCGUCUGCUGCAGUGGCAACACUUGGACCGGCCUCGUUAACAUCGGCUGUUCGCCCAUCAACAUCAACCUCUGA